CACUUAUAUGCUGUGACACUUUAACCCCUAAACCAACUUUAGCUGUCUUAGGGCUCAGUUCCGAGCGAAGUUAUUCAAGAACCUCACUUUUUCUUGAAGGGAUUUUCGCUCUUUUGUAUACAAAAUGCCUCGGUAUUACUGUGACUACUGUGAUACCUACUUGACCCAUGAUUCUCCUUCUGUGAGAAAGCAGCAUAAUGCAGGCUACAAACACAAGGGAAAUGUUCGAACUUACUAUCAACAAUUUGAGGCACAAUUGAACCAGAGUUUAAUUGACCAAAAAGUCAAGGAGCAUCUAGGUGCCUUUAGACCAGUUGGCCUCCCUUUUCCCCAGCUAAGGCCCGGUCUUCCUGUUCUUCCGACUCCUCAGAUGCCCAUGGGAGGUAAUCCUCAAAUGCCAGGCGGUUCCCAAUGGGUUCCUGGUAUGCGGCCUCCUGUGCUUCCAAGGCCCAUGCCUGGUGUUCCAGGUUAUGCACCUCCACCGAUGCCUCAGAUGUUGGCACCUCCCGGUGCUCCUAUGCCUGGUCAAGUCAAUAAUAUGCAACGGCCUGGCGCACCACCAGGUGCAAUUCCAGGAAGUGUGGGAAUGCCUGCUUCUACUGGUGGCCCUCCAAUGUUUGCACCUCCUGUGUAUCAAGGAAGUACCACUGUGCCAGCGAACGGAGGAGGUGAUAGUUCCAGUAUCAAUGCCCAAGCUUUAGACUCUAAUCAAUAGGCUGGUCUAUGUACAUAAAAGCCAGAUGCUAUUCUCCUGAAGCUAUUCUUAAUCUGGUUUCAGACAUGUUUUGAUUUUUUCUGUUGUGGUGUUAAGUGCCUAGAUCAUGAUAUGUUUAGGUGUAAGGUUCUUAGAAAGACAUUUCAUUUACUCGGGGAAAGUUUUGCUAUCAAAAUUGAUUCUACCUGCAUGGUAUUUGUUAGUUCAAUAUCACUGAUUUUAAAUGUCAUGAACUUGAUGAUGUUUCUAUUUU